UUCCAUAUAUUGCCCUGCACCAACCCCUACUUAUUAUCUACCUCUUCACUUCCACCUCCUCCCCCUCUCUCUCUCUCUCUCAUAUUACAUGAUCCCUUCACACUAAUAAGACUCUUCCUAGCUAAUUAGUAGUGCUAAAGUAGAGAGAAAGAGAGGGUUUUGAAUGGAGGGCUUUUGGAGUGAGUUUCCUGGUCUUAUCUUUGGCCUUUGCAUGAGCUCUCUGAGAAAACUAGCUUUUGCAUGUCUCACUUGCACAUUUGCACUUUGUGGAGCCAUCAUAGGGUCAAUAUCAGGUGCACUCAAAGGCCAAACCACAGAGACCGGGCUCUUCCGAGGAGCUGGAAUUGGUGCUGUGGCUGGUGCAGUUGUCUCUUUAGAAGUUCUCGAGUCAUGUCUCCAGGGAGAACUAUUAUCCAAAGUGGCCAUUUUUGGGAGCCUUCUAAAUGGGAAAAUAUUCAGGGAGUGGGUGAGCCCAGCAAUUCUCAAGGCCUACCAGUGGCAGAUAAAUACAAUUGAAGCCAGUGACAGAGAUAAUUUCGAUUUUCUUGGUGUUGAUCGCGAAAUUGGAUUAUUGCCGGAGAUCUUAAGAAAAUUGCCUGAGUUAGAGAUCAGCUGUGGUGAGAUUGUGGAUUCAUGUGGGGAGAUGAUCUCAUGUGCUAUUUGCUUGCAGGACUUUAAGAAGGGAGAGAGUGCAAGGAGAAUGCCAAAAUGUGGGCAUUUGUUUCAUACACUCUGCAUAGACAGAUGGCUAGUGAGACAUGGAUCUUGCCCUGUUUGUAGGCAAGAUGCAUGCUUAGAGCACCAUUGAGAUAUUUUAUGACUUAGUAGCUUCUCUCCUAAGUUUUAAACAGGCCACUACUCUGAUUACAGAGCAAACUAUAAAUCAAUUGGCAAGGGUAAUCAUAAAAAGGGUUUGCAGUUUGGAAAAGAUUGAACAGCUUUCCUUCUCCGGAAACUUUGACAAGCAAAAUGGAUCGGAAGUGAGCCAAAAUAAGCUUUCGGGACCCAAACAGUAGAAGCUUUAGUCUGAACUUGUGUAUGUUGUAUGAUGAAACUAUUGUGGAGGACAUCAAUGAAAAAGUUGUUAGUGUUUUUGGGAAUGACAAAGAAGGAACACCACGACUUAGUUGAUCUGAAUCUUGGGUCCACUAUGCAAAAGACAAAUAAAAUCAUCUAUUUCAGAUCCUGGACUUGAUUGCCAAAAACAGUAAAUAACAAUCAAGAUCAUCUUCUGAGAGAGAACUAAAUUACACACUGAUGUUGCUUUGGAACCUACUAGUCUCAUAAGAAUAAUCUCCAAAGUAAAGAAUUCAGGAUUUCUACCAAGCUAAAGCUCACAGGUCGCAUGCUGUUCAGCUGUCUGAAUGUAAUGUUAAUCUAAAGGAAAAAGCAUGGGAAGUAAUAAUCUAUAAAGGCAAAUACUUGCAAAUAUAAUGAAUCAAAAGGCCCCAUUGAAACACACCACAAAAGAUUCUUUUUUUAUUUUGUUUUUUCGGAAGAAAAAUACACCACAGAGGACUUAAAGAGGCACAAAUACAUCAAUAUACACACACACUGUGUGAAGACUCCACUAUUACACUGAACAUAUCACAAAA